UCAGCCGCGCAUGCGCAGUCGGAGCUUGCGUCGGUGAAAUGGCGGCCAGUGAUGAAGGAGGCUUCGGCACCGCGGGGGAACGGGACGGAGCCGUGAAUCCGUUGCAUCUGUCGGCAUCGCAAGAUCCCGCCAACAUGCAGAUUGCUGAUUAUGAGCAGCUGGAUGGUGUUCCAAACCCAUCGACGACCAAACUUAAAUUAGCGGAAAAUAAAGUUGGGGCUGACUGGAGCAAUGGAGAUUCCAAUACAAAUCACACGUUUGUAUCUGAAGAGAAGCAACGGCCACUGGUGGACUACGGUGUGGACAUGAUGGACGCAGCUUAUGAUGAACAAGUCCCAGAAUUUCUCGCACCCGUUCCGAAGGAGUUGGCAAAAGCAGCCGAAGACGGUGGGCACGUUUUGUCGUGUCCUGUGGACAGCAUUGCCAAGCCAACAAUUUCUUCUGCUGACAAUAAGCAAGGAUCUUCUUUACCUGUGCAAAAUGCUCCAGAAGGGAUGACAGAAAUUGUUGGUGAUAAAUGGGACUCUAUGGAUACACAGGACAAAGUGCCAGCAGAGAUGUUGAGCACGGAAGCGAAUAACGUGAAUGCGGGUUCUGUCUUAGGACAGGAAGAGGGCAAAGUUUCCCCUCAAGUUGCUGAGACCCAGGGUGCAGCUGUAGUGAGUGCAGAGAGGAAUUCGACGGUGGUGGGGGACUCGUCUUUUUACGACCCAGAGGAGGAGAUUCCACCUUUCCCACCAGAGUUUGACAAGUACUGGAAGGCCGUAGAGGAGAACCCACAGGACUUCACUGGGUGGACAUACCUGUUGCAGUACAUUGAGCAGGAGAACCAUGUGUGGGCUGCAAGAAAGGCAUUUGAUGAGUUUUUCAUGCGUUACCCGUACUGCUACGGCUACUGGAAGAAGUAUGCAGAUCUGGAAAAGCGCUUUGGCAACGUGAAGCAGGCAGAGGAGGUGUUUAGACGUGGUUUGCAGGCCAUACCCCUCAGCGUGGACCUCUGGAUUCACUACAUUAACUUUGAGAUUGAGUUGCUCGACCCAGACUGCCCUGAAACCGUCUCGAAGAUUCGAAGCCUUUUCGAGUUGGCCGUCGCGGCAGCGGGAACAGACUUUCGCUCGGACAAACUUUGGGAAAUGUUCAUCUCGUGGGAGAGGGAGAAUAUCCGCCUGAGGGAGGUGACAGCCGUGUAUGACAUGGUGCUGAACAUCCCAACACAGCUCUAUAGCCACCACUUUGACAAGUUCAAGGAACAUGUGAACAACCACCAGCCUAAAGACAUCUUGUCAACGGACGAGUUCCUUAAGCUGCGUGCACAGUUGGUGUCGAGCAGACUUGAGGCCGGGGAACAAGGAGUCGGGGGAGUUGAGGAAGACGACGAAGACGUGGGUGUCUCCAGUGGGGGGGAUGCGCCGCCUGGCAUCGAAGGCCCCCCUGGAGAUGACCAGCCACCCGGGAUGGAGGUUGAAAAUGUGGAAGUCAAGGUGGAUGCAGAGACGGAAAAGCUACGAGAGAGAAUUAUUGGCACGCGGCAAGAUAUUUUCUUCCAGAAUGAACAGGAGGUUAGCAAGCGGUGGACCUUCGAGGAAGGGAUCAAGCGACCGUACUUCCACGUGAAGCCACUGGAGAGGGCACAGCUGAAGAACUGGAAGGAGUACCUCGACUUUGAGAUUGACAACGGCACCCACGAGCGUGUGGUCGUCCUCUUCGAGCGCUGUGUCAUCGCGUGUGCUCUCUACGAGGAGUUCUGGAUCAAGUAUGCAAAGUACAUGGAAGAACACAGUUUGGAGGGCGUGCAGAACGUGUUCAGGCGCGCCUGCAUGAUUCACUUGCCAAAGAAGCACAACAUCCAUCUGCUGUGGGCAGCGUUCGAGGAGCAGCAGGGUAACCUGGACGAGGCACGCAGAGUGCUGCGCUCGCUGGAGGAGUCUCUACCUGGGCUCGCGAUGGUUCGCCUGCGGCGUGUGAGCCUCGAGCGCCGGCAGGGCAACUUCAGCGCUGCCGAGACUCUGCUACGGGAGGCCAUGGAAGGCGCCAAGACCCCAGAAAUGGCCUCCUUUUAUGCCAUCAAGCUGACGCGCAUGCUCGCCAAGGUGGAGAAAACCGUGGAGAAAGCACGCAAGGUUCUACUCGAUGCCAUCGAAAAGGACUCGAUGAACACAAAGAUUUACCUAAAUCUUCUGGAGCUGGAGUUCAGUGGUGAUAUUGCAGUCAAUGAAGAGCACAUUAUGGCCUGUUUUGAGAAGGUGCAGAGCAGCGAUUUGUCCAUGGAAACAAAAAUCACCUUCUCCCAGCGCAAAGUGGAGUUCCUGGAAGACUUCAGCAUGGACGUGAAAAAGUUGCUAGCUGCCUACGAUGAACAUCAAGUACUUCUAAGACAACAUUCCACUGCAAAGAAGAGAGCCCCAACUGAGAAUGGUGCCGAGGAGCCGGAGGAGAAGAGGUUCCGUCUGGAAGAGCCGGUGGCCGCCCCGGUAAUUGCGGCGCAUUUGAACCCGGCGGCGGCGGCAGCGGCAGCGGCAGCAGCACCCGCGCCCCUCCCCAUGCAGCAUCCAGCUGACCCCAACGCUGUCCAGGCGGCCUACAACUACAGCAACUGGUACCAGCAUUACAACUACCAAAACUACCCAGGAAGCUACCAGAACUACCACAACCCAUGGAACUACGGGCAGUACUACCCGCCCUCUUAAACGACUCGAAAGGGGGCAAAGACGUUGUUUGCUAAUUUCUUCUGUGUUAUAAGUCAUGUUUUUUUUAUGACUUUCUACCACUCCAUAGGGGCAGUGACAGUAUGGGAAUGCACACACGUUUGAGUAAUUGAACUUGCGUUAAGUGUUCAAUUGUAUUCCCAUGCCGGGGUGUGUCCUUGUGUUUAUACGUUGUAAAAUGUUCAAGAAAAUGGAGCAGUCAAUAAAGAUCCGGUGAAUAAAAGUACAUUUUUUAAUUAGGAUAGAAAUUGUGCAUUGAAGAGCAACUAUAUCUGUAUUUUACAAUUCGUGAAUAAUUUGCUCUAUUCCUGACAAUAAAAACGAACAAAACAUUGCGCUUGUACUUUGGAAUAUUAUUGACUUGCUCUGUUGUGUCUUGUGGCUCUUUUGCCAUUUCUGGUUUAGUUGGAAAUCCAAAGGGGAUGCUGGAAAUCAUUUAUAUGAUAAACAUCGUUUGUAGAUGGCUCGGCACGAGCCAAAAAAUGCAAUGAUAAUGCUGUAAAAAAAAACAUCACUAGGAAAAGAACCCCAGUGCGUGCAAAUUGCAUCAUUACUACUGUUUUGAAAGUAUUAACCGCACAUUUUUACACUUUCCAUUGUGGACAUUUUCAUUGUUCAAAAGAAACAAUUGAAAGACUGCAAGUUAUGAAAAUACACAUUAAAGAAUUGACUGGCUGUAUUUUCUGUAGGUGCAAUGGCAAUGUGGUGUAAUUGUGUGGUUUUUGGACACAUUUUGAGUUAUGCAGUUCACAUUGCUGUUGGAGAUGUUUAUGGCUUCCACACUGCAAAAAUUUAAAACUUAAAUUUGAAAAAUGAGUGUACAUUUUACUUUACCAGUAUAAUUCAGAACUAAAUCCCUGGGUGAAUUAAAAACGUGGGUGUUAGGAGUUCAAUACUGCCCCUUGCUAAGCUCUCCCGAGUUGGUAAAUGUGCAUUUUUUUAUAGCUUUGGCUGGUAGUCAAACUUAUACAAUAAAUGUAACAUGAAAGUGUUUUCAAUAAAAUUGUGUCAUUUGA